AUGGGCUCGCCGCGCUGUGGGAAGCCGGUCCUGCGGCCGGGAGGCGGUGGCUGCCCCCCGCCGGUUGGCGAGGCGAGCGUCCGCCCCGAGCCGCGGGACCAGCAUCCCCCCGAGCCACCCAGCAACCCCCGAGCCGCGGGGCCAGCAUCCCCCCGAGCCGCGGGGCAGCAUCCCCCCGAGCCGCGGGGACAGCAUCCCCCCGAGCCGCGGGGCAGCAUCCCCCCGAGCCGCGGGGCGAGCACCUCCCGAGCCGCGGGGCAGCAUCCCCCCGAGCCACCCAGCAUCCCCCCGAGCCGCGGGGCGAGCACCUCCCGAGCCGCGGGGCCAGCAUCCCCCCGAGCCACCCAGCAUCCCCCCGAGCCGCGGGGCGAGCACCUCCCGAGCCGCGGGGCAGCAUCCCCCCGAGCCACCCAGCAUCCCCCCGAGCCGCGGGGCGAGCACCUCCCGAACCGCAGGGCAGCAUCCCCCCGAGCCGCCCAGCAUCCCUCGAGCCGCGGGACGAGCAUCCCCCGAAAAGCAGGUUCAGCAUCCCUCCCAGGAUGCGGGGUGAGCAUCCCCGGAGCCGGCGCAGCCGCUGCUGUCCCUUCCGCACCGAAUUUCCCUGCCCUGAAACGUUUCAGAGGUGCCGAGGGCGGAGAUCACCCCUAA